CCGUCUCCCUGGACCGAGCUCCGGACUCAAACCCCCCACGUUAGAGAGCCAGGACUUUACCUGAAGUAAUACAACCGGGUUUGUUCUCUCUCCCCCCCGUUCUCCCCCCCUUUCUCCCUCUCUCUUUCUCUCUCUUUCUCUCUUUCUCCCUCCGCGGAACAUGACGGAGCUGAGGAAGCGAGGCGGAGACGGCGGCGGAGACCGGGACAGCACCGACAAUAUCAGCGACAAGGAGGCCGACGGCGAUGACAGGCUGGGCUUUCAAGGCGACGCAGACGGAGAAUGCGACGGCGACUCCAAAGCAGACACUCCAGACGUUCCUCUGUCCACAGCGGACACAGACAACACUCCACAGUACCUGAACAAAGCUCUGGAGGGCCUGCCGCCCAGAUGGAAGAACUACUGGAUACGAGGGGUUCUGUCUCUGGCCAUGAUUUCAGGCUUCUUCCUCAUCAUCUAUAUGGGACCUGUCACUCUAAUAUUAGUGGUCAUGACCGUCCAAAUCAAGUGCUUCCAAGAAAUCAUCACCAUCGGCUACAGAGUUUACCAUUCCUACGAGCUGCCCUGGUUCAGGACUCUGAGCUGGUACUUCCUGAUUUGUGUCAACUACUUCUUCUAUGGGGAAACUGUUGCAGAUUACUUCGGGGCUCUGGUGCAGAGGGAGGAGCCUCUGCAGUUCCUGGCUCGCUAUCACCGCUUCAUCUCCUUCGCCUUGUACCUCGCAGGUUUCUGCAUGUUUGUGCUGAGUUUAGUGAAGAAACAUUACCGCCUGCAGUUUUAUAUGUUUGCGUGGACCCAUGUGACCCUGUUGAUUGUGGUAACUCAGUCGCACCUUGUCAUUCAGAACCUGUUUGAAGGAAUGAUCUGGUUCAUUGUCCCGAUCUCCAUCGUCAUCUGCAAUGACAUCAUGGCCUACCUGUUUGGCUUCUUCUUCGGGAGGACUCCACUGAUCAAGCUCUCACCCAAGAAAACCUGGGAAGGCUUCAUCGGAGGGUUCUUCGCCACCGUGGUCUUUGGCUUCAUCCUGGCCUACCUCCUGUCUCAGUUCCAGUACUUUGUGUGUCCGGUGGGCUUAAACAGUGAGACCAACGGGUUUACAGUUGAGUGUGAGCCUUCGGAUAUGUUUGUGAUGCAGGAGUACACUCUUCCUGCUGUGGUGCAGAACACACUGAAUUGGAAAACGGUGAACCUCUACCCCUUCCAGAUCCACAGCCUCUUCCUCUCGUCCUUCGGGUCUCUCAUCGGGCCUUUCGGCGGCUUCUUUGCCAGCGGCUUCAAGCGAGCCUUCAAAAUAAAAGACUUUGCCAACACCAUCCCGGGCCACGGCGGCAUCAUGGAUCGAUUCGACUGUCAGUACCUGAUGGCCACCUUCACCCACGUCUACAUAGCCAGCUUCAUCAGAGGACCGAACCCCAGCAAAGUGCUCCAGCAGCUGUUGAUGCUUCAGCCUGGACAGCAGCUCGGCAUCUUCCACACUCUGCACUCCCACCUGAGGGAGAGAGGCAUGCUCCCCCCCGCCGCUGCCAGGGCCCAAUGAAAAGGACGACUGACGAGAGUGUGUGUGUGCAUGUGUUUUGUGUGCAUGUCUGUAAGCAUUCACACACACACACGCUCUUUUAAGGUACGGCGUCGGCUCUUCAUUCGACUUCCAACCAGCUCCAAAUCAUGACUUUGAAACCUGAGGUGACUCUCCAAACUUCAUGGAACAACCUUGUAGUAACAAAAAAACACAAUACCGACAAUAACAACAAACACGGCGGCUUCGUUUCUCUCCACUUGGACCGACACGUAAACUACAACACGCUUCACGAAGCCUAACGGCCCCCAUCCUAAAAGCAAACAGACUGAAGAUGAAAUGUUUUAUCGGACUCUGAAGCACACAGCUUUUUCUCAGCGUGGUUGGAUGGCGGAUGUGCAGUUUUCCUUUUUUGUGGACGGCAGAUAUUGCACUGACUGUAGCUGAACAGACGGUUUUUAAAGGAAGCUUUUACCGGACCUGAAGUGGACCUGAGCUACCGCUAACAAGACUGUUGAGAUUUGUCUUUCUGGGGCGAAGCAAUGAUGCAGCAGAGGGGUUUUUGUCAGAAUCCUGUAGACAGACACUGUUUUUAUACACUAUGCUCUAUUUAACGGUCCUAACCUCACCGCAUAAUGAAAACAUGUAGCAUGUACGCGAGUCCCGUCUCGGGCUUCUGCUGAACAAAGCCAUGUUUAUUCUCUUCUUCCACGGCGUGAAAACUUGUAGCUUUUAGGUUUCUGUCUGAAUCUGAAAAUAACUUGCACAAGUAAAAGUCAAUGCAGGUUGACUGUAGGCAUGUAGAGCAUCAGCACUCGAGUUAAUGUACUGUACAUAAAUAUACUGAAAAUAUUUAGCUGAACAAAAUACCUAAUACUAGUACUAUAACUACUUGUGUGACCUGC